AUGUCGCAUGAACAAUUUCUGGGUAGCAUAGAUUUAGGUUAUACUACUUCUUUGUUAACAAAUUAUGAUACAUCCACAGCAAUUGAAGAUGGUAACAAAUUCAAUAUAAUCAAACAUCAAGAUGAUCUUAUAUUAAUUAAAGUAGGUGCUUUACUCACUUCCGAUGAAUGUGACGAAAUUGCGACUAAUCUUGAUAAAAAAAAAUUCGAAAAUAUGUCUAAUAAAUAUAAUAUUAGAAAGCGAAAUAAUUCAAGAUUAAUAGUAAUGGAUGAUCAAUUAGCUGAAUUACUUUGGCAACGUUUAAAUUAUCACAAUGAAUUAAAUAAAAUCGCUGCAGAUACAAAACCAUUGGGUUUCAAUGUUCAAGGUAAUUGGGAAAUGAGUAGUGUCAAUACAGCGAUGAGAUUGAAUAAGUACAAUGCAGGUGAAUACUUUGCACCUCAUAAAGAUGCUCAAUACGCACCAAAUGGUGAUGAAAGAUCAUUAUUUAGUUUAUUAAUUUAUCUAACAGAUAAAUAUGAAGAUGGUGAAACAAAAUUUUAUUUUCCAAAAUCAUUAUCAAAAACUGAUAUAAAAGGAUUAACAAUCAAAGAAGAAAUUGACGGUUAUGGUGGAUUGGAAAAUGGUUACCAAUGUGUUAUAGUAAAACCAAAAAAAGGUUAUGCUAUUCUCUUUACACAUAAUCUAUUACAUCAAGCAACAUCACCUAAAAUAGUAAAUGAUUUGAAUAAGACUCAACGAGUUGUACUACGAAAAGAAGAAGAUUAUCUUGCUUGUCUAAACUUUUUUCGUGAAGCACAACAAAGCGAAUUACAACAUGAUCAUAUUCAUAUUUAUAGUCUAUUUGAAAAUUCGACUGAUAUCGGAGAUUUAUAUGAACGAUCAUUAUCAAUUCGAUAUUGUUAUCCACGUCUACUGGAAACCAAAUUGAAUAAAUCAAGUGAUAAAUCAGAACCAUUGAUUAAUCGAUUACCAACAGAAAUGUGGCUUCAUAUUUUUAAAUAUAUUCACGAGCAAGAUGUUCGAAAUUUAGUCUUUGCUUAUCCACAAUUUGAAUUAUUGAAAAUUGUUUGGGAAGCUCAAGAGCAAAAAUGUUUAAAAACCGAUCCAUUAAAACCGAAAUUUAUUCCUACAAUUCAUACUCAAUAUGGUAGUCGAACAUUAUUUCGUUUUUCUGAUGCUGAUUUUUUCUACCAACAUGUUAAUGCAUGCUGUCGUGUCUCAGCUGUGUAUGCUUUUUUUUUAUUAGGACAUGGAAAAGAUUCAACAACAUAUACCGUUCGAUAUGAUAGAAAUACUCAUGAUGUGUAUGAAGUAGAAAUGGAAAAACUAUUGGCAGAUGCAUUUUAUAAUAGAAAUUGUUAUGGAUCAUUGUUUCGUGUGAAUCAAAUGAAUGAACAUAAACGUCAACCAACAAUGGAUUUAAAUUCAAGUGUUGAUCGAACAUAUAUGAUAAAUCGACAUCAAUCACAAUUUAUUGGACAAGAUCUUUUAUCACGUUUUUAUCUUGUAUUACAAGCUUUUGACCCAUCACCAAUUGAUGAAAAUGAAAUGUAUGUAGAUCAAUUUGAUGAAGAGGAUUAUCUGGCUUGA